AUGGGCGAUAACCAGUACCAGGAAGGUCGGACUCCUCAACCACCGGUGAGAAGAAUCUUGAUUUGUUAAAAUUUUUAUUAAAAUUUUUGCCAAACUUUCAAAAUAUUUCGAAAUUGUGGCGUUAUUCGUUUGCAAUGAUUCCGCGAAAUACACAAAACUGGAUUUCGAAAUUUUGUAAAUGUUGUAAGGAAUUCAGGCAAAACGUAAAUUUUUAAAUUAGAAGCUUUUUCAAUUAAAAUUGCGCGUAAAAAUCACUCUAUCGUUGUAGGACCAAAGUUUUUCAACAACUUUCGUAAUUUCGGUUUUGCGUAUUUUGAUGAACCGUUUUGAACGGAAAACGCGUCGAUUUUUGUAUUGGAGAUGAUUUUUAACUUUGCGAAAAUUACAUUUAAAACGGCAUGAAAAAUCGUUUUGCAGGCUCCUCAAACUCAAAAUCAGAAUCUGCCAGUUUUCCACAAUCCCGAGCCGUCUGUUCAACAUGUGAGGUAAUUUUUCUGAGCUCUUAGAUUUUUGAAAAUGAAUUAUUUGGAGAACCGCUCUCCAUCGUCCUCUCACCGCCGUUCAACAACAGUUUAUCCAAUCCCAACGCGGUCCAGUGAGUUUUGAUCCAAUUCAGGAAUUCAAAUCCUUUUUAUUCGCUUCAGCAACCGACAGAGCAAGACAAUCUCCGAAACUUCAUAAAUCAUCUGGGAGAAUACGCUCCGACGAUCCCCGAUUCAGUGACUGUCCAUUUUCUGAAAUCGGCUGGCGUCGAUUCCACAGAUCCAAGGGUUACGAGGUUUGGAAGAAGUAAAUUCGGGGAUGUCAUGAGAUAUUCCUUGAGAUUGAUCGCCCUGGCUGCUCAGAAACACGUUUCGGACAUUGUUCUGGACGCCAUGACGAUUGUACGUUUUUUAUUAAAAAUUUUUUAUGAAGUCAACACGUUCAGGCUCGAAUGAAAGGCCUGGGACAGACGAAGAAAGGGACCAAGGAGACGAAAUUCACGUUGACCGAGGAGCUUCUGGACACAGUUCUCGCCGAAUAUGGACUUUCGAAUCCCCGACCUCCUUACCACGCCUGA